AUGCCUCUCUCCGGUCAUUGUCUCUGCAAGGCGGUUACCUACACUGUUGAUCAGGAUGCCCCUCUGAUUACCGCCUACGAUCACUGCGACGACUGCCAGCGCCAGUCCGGCUCCACCUACUCCCUGGUCGCCGUCGUUCUCAAGGAUAAGCUGACCAUCAACGGCCCCAUCAAGAAGUGGACUGGCAAGGGUAGCUCCGGCAAUGAUGUGCACCGCCUCUUCUGCUCCGAAUGUGGCUCUCCCAUCGCUCACGACCCCGAUGCCGCCCCCGAGAUCAUCGCUCUGAAGGCUGGUACCCUCUCCACCGAGAUCAAGCAGACCCUCAAGCCCGACACCGAGAUCUGGACCGUCAGCAAGCUCCCCUUCUGCCAGGAGCACCUCGAAAAGCCCUUCAAGUACAUGCCCGAGUAA